CUUUGGAAACCAUAUUCGAUUACCUAGUUAGUCUGAGGAGAAGAAAAAAGCAAUCCACCGUACAGUACGAGAUGAUGGGUCGUCGGGCGUUCAUGUCUUCUCCAGACCUUUCCAUCCCAUCACUGGGAUCUUUCACUUGUAUUUAUCUCCUCCAGACCUGCUACUUCCAACUCCAGCCCUGUGGUACUUCUUUACUCUUUUGAAUAGUUCUAUCUUUAUAUUUUUUCAUUCUUCAGCUCACAACAUGACCAUCGACCCAGAAGCUGUCGAUAAACUGAUAUCGGACUGCCCAAAACAUCUGACCCGAGGACGUCACUUCAAUAUCCUUGGCUUGGAAAGAGACAACAAAGUGGGCCCAAUCACGUUCAACAAAUAUCCUCCCACAGAAGAGCUACGCAAGACGAUGAACAAGGAGGCCGAUGCGACCCAGGAAGAAAUCGGAGACAACAUGGCUGCAUUUAAAGAAAAGAUGAGAUGCCCCGAAUUCCAGCAACAGUUCUUCAAGCGAGUGCUGGAUCAGCACGGAGAGAGGGUAUGGGGUGACUCAAGAGGUCAUCUAUACAGUGAUACCACCAAUCCGUUCUAUCCUAAGCACAUACGAUAUAGAAAUAGGGAUGAGGAAACACAACACAGUCUUGAGUUAGGAUUGCUAUCAUGGAUAAUACAUAGAUAUUAUCGAUUGAAUGCCCCAAAUGCGGAAAACUCACGAGGAACGACCAUGCGUGGGCUCGACCUGAAGCGUACCAGCUUCACUACAGAUAUCCCUCGAGAAAAUAACACGGGAGCGUAUGUGGCACCUCCGGCAUUGAUGUACGAGGGUGCAACUACAGACUACACAACAGCUCGAUCAACCGAGGCCAUCUUCAGGUUGCCUCCCGAUCCCGCACUACAAGGCGAAAAGCGAGAUCACAUUCAAAGCACAGCGGAUGAGGAAGGCUCAAAUGCUGCGGUAGACGGGCAAAUCUCUCUUGCUUGCAGGUCAACCACACGUUACCAGUCUCCCAAACGCAAGAAUAUGAGUACUGGUAUUGGGCCUAGCAAAAUUGUAAAACUCAACAUCGGAAAGGGCAGAGUUCUUCCGAGCUCUUCUCGAAGUGUGAGACCUGCACCCACUGCGACCGUUGAAGAGGUCGAGCCAUCCGUAGAACAUGGGGAUUGGCCAACGAGUGGAGGCGGGAUAAUCGAUCCACCUCGAACAAAUCAUUUCACUGGGUCGCCAUCACCUCAAGUCGGUGAGAGUAUUCAUGAUCAGGAUGAUUACCAACAAAUCUGGGAUCAGACAAUGGUAGAUGACGCUUCAUUCAUUGGCCCUGUACCUGCUCCAGAAUGGACAUAUCAUAGAAGAUCGAUCGAUGGACCUCCCGAGGAUUCAGUACUCCCUGUACUGGGGACGAACACUGUACCCACAGCACUUCCUCUCAAUCAACAGGAGAAUGACUGCUAUGGUCACUGCGACAGUGCAUCUACAAGCAGACAAGGCUCUAUGCAAGUUAUUGACAAAGAUGUGAAGGAUCGGGCGUUGCAUUUUGCAGAGCAGCUGUUGGCCUACAUAGACCCCAAAUCGGGUCUGAUCGAGGAAUGUAGAGAGCUGUUCACCGAGUUGGUGAAGUUGUGGAACGAUGAUGAGCAAAGACUAAUGCUUAAGUUUGGAAGCCAAUUUACAAAGUAUCAGGAAGCAGUAUGCCUUUGGCCUGAGAUGCUACAGAAGGUGUCCAAAUACCUGACAGAUAUCGACUUUGAUGGAGCCCCCGGAGCUGAAUGGGAUGAGCACUGUGAUGCUCUCUCACAAGAAGGUAAAAUCGAAGUAGCGAGGGCGUACCAUGAGCUGAAGACGUGGAUUCACAAAAAUUACAAAAGUGGACCUGUAUCAGUGGACACACUAGCACGCGCACUUCACGAACUUUUGGGUAUAUUUGCGAUUCUAUCGCCGGCGGACCUUGCAGAAAGGCUGCGUAAGAACAACCAAAAAUUGUUGGGGUGGGUGAAACUGUUGCAGCGACUUUACAACUGAUCUUCUCUUUGUGUAACAAUUUUAGACCUACCCUUUUCCC